UCCUGUACGUGACCGGAAACUUGCAUACGAAGCACAAGAAAGAGACCGGUUUAGAGUAGCAUUUAGUAGCAUUUACCAGCGACAUACAAACAACUUCCAGCUGAUUUGUAAAUCAUUUAUUUUCCAUUUUUUGUGAGUCUAGUAUCUUAUCUGUUCGGAGAAUGGGUAGGAGCAGGAGUCGAACUCCUCCAAGACGAGAAAGAAGACGUUCCCGCUCAACUUCUAGAGAGCGUGAGCGAAGACGAAGGGAGCGGGAUCGCUCUCGCUCUCGAGAUCGGGACCGGGACCGUCGCAGGAGUCGCUCACGGUCUCCUCACAGGAGACGCUCAAGGUCUCCCCGACGUCAUCGAUCCUCCUCCCUCUCUCCUUCGAGACAAAAGGAGAGACGAGAUGAUGAGCGCAAAGACUCAAAGGAAAAGACGGCAAAGCCCAUUCAGAUCUCAGCGGAGGACAUGCAGGGCAAAACGGAGGAGGAGAUUGAGAUGAUGAAGCUUAUGGGAUUUGGUUCCUUUGAUACCAGCAAGGUGAGAGUUGUUCUAUGUGUUAUGCAGCCACAAGGGGGUGCAGUUUAUUUCUAAUAAAGUUCACAACACACACACACACACACACACACACACACACACACACACACACACACACACAGAAUCUCUCUCUCUCUCUCUUUCUCUCUGCUCACAGCUAAACUAAAGCAGUUUUCUCUCCCUCACCUUGCCUUCAUAGCUAUUUAUUGUUUUAGCAGAAAUAUACACCUUUUAAUGUAAAUAGUUUACAGAAAGAUGUGUCUAUCAGCAGAUGUAUUUAUUAGAUAAAUCUAUAGAUGAAUAUACAAAAAAAAUCUAUUUAAUUAGUUAUAGCUUAUGUUCUUCUCGUGAGGUUUAUUGAGAGUUUCCUAUAUGUAGUUUGUUUGCACAGCCUAGUCAAUCCAUAAAAUAUUGAGAAAUGUCUCUUUGUGCCUCGAGGCUUUAGUGUCUGUCUGAAUUCAGCACGGUGCUCCUAGGAAGUGAUUUCUCUGUGGCUGAUUCUGAUUUUUCUUUUAGCCAUUUUCAAAGCCCAUAAGAGAAGGAUAAUGGGACAAAAAAUACUGAACAACUUAAAAAAGAAAAUGAUUAGAAAGUAGAAAACGCGAGAGGAGCAGGUGUCCGGGUAGAGCGCAAUGGCGUUGCCGGUUCACCUCCCAUCACCCCUUUCCCUCCCCCCACGCCUGUGCCUCAGACAAAAUGGCUCUUGAGCCUUGUGAGAUUUUUUUUUUCUUCUUCUUCUUUUUACCCCUCCUCUUCCUCCUCCUCCUCCUCCUCUUCGCGUGUGGUUCCCAGUCAUCACGGGCAGGGACAGGAGGCAGAUCUGUUGUCGUUUCUUCUGAAUGUACGCGUUAUCAACCCCUGCAGUCGUAGCAGCACGGUGCCAAAAGAAGCUCCCUGCGUGUUGUGCAUGCGCCACUUGCAGAUCUCAGUUUAAAGCAUGACGAUGGUACGCCAAAAAAACCAAAAACACAAAAAAAGGAAAAAAAAAAAAGGAAAGCAGAAAAAUAGAUAUGAGAUUGUUUAGUCGUUGAGUGUCGAACGCUGCUUAUUUUUGUCCAAACGGAGAGGGACUGUGCAGCCACGCUAACCAAGUGGGGGUUGGGGGGGUGGGGGUAUUGAAAAGUAGGUGUGAGUGGGCAGGUGUGUUCACUGAAAUGCCAUCUGUCGGUGCAUACGUGUGUACAGUAUGUGAGCAUGUGUGUGAGUUUACUGCAUUAUUGUCUUCAGAGAUAUAUUUUUUGGGGCAGUAGAGGGCGGGUGAUUUUAAAAACAUUGUAAAUCCAUGUUUCUGUUUAUUUGUUUUAUUUGAAGAAGAGCAUUAAUGUCUUUCUGUGGUAGCCACCAUUUUUUUUUCUCUCCUCCCCAUCCAUCGCCUCAUUUCUGUCUUCCACUAAUCUCUGUGUGCGUGCGUGUGUGUGUGUGUGUGUGUAUUUGUGCCAUGCAACCAUGUGUGAGCAAUACACCCUCCUCCACGUGCUGCGUUGGCAUCAGUGGUUCAGGCAAAGUGUGUGUGUGUGUGUGUGUGUGUGUGUGUGUGUGUGUGUGUGUGUGUGUGUGUGUAGCGGGGCAGUGUACUGUAUGUGUCAGUGAUCACAUCACACCCCUCUCACUUCCAGUACAAAGACCCUGGUGCUCUCAGCAUCUGCCUUAAGAAGCAGGUGUGGAAUCUCUCAAAGAACAAGACUACAGUCAGACCAGUUGUUUAAGCUACAGCUUUCCACAUCAGGGGAAAACUCAGUUCAUGUGUAUAUUUGGCUUUUCUUUUCUUUUCUUUUUUUGCACACUUUUAUCCCUGCGUACAAAGCGGCUCAAAACGGACACACCUGUUACGGCCUAACAGACGCAUACGAUGUGUUUACGACAACAGCGACGUGCAUCACAAAGGUCGUUCCCUUCUUUUCUUCAUCGUGACGGGUCUCAGGCGUGGUGCUCUCAUCGCAUUAGACACAAAACACACAAGACAACACCCCCUCGCCACGGCUCCAUUGAACAUCGUCGUCACCUCCUGCCUUUCUUCUCAGAAAGGUCAAACGUCUGUUUGCUGAAUAAUAACGUUAAGGUGAACGUUUUGUGCACUUAACUUUUUAAGAAAUUGGAGAAUUUGGACACUGUCUUCUAAAGAAAUCUCUUCAAAUAUAAGAGAGGGGAGAAACAGCCCCCCUUUGACAAUGAAUUGUUGAGCAGCAAUUUAUAUUUGCCAGUGAUAUUAAAAUGAAUUAAACAUUUGAAACCCUUGUUUACCUACCUA